AUGCUGAGCCUCCCGGUCUGCGGAGCGCAUCCCGGUUACGGAUAUGGCUACCCGCCCUACGGCUACCCAGGCUACGCCUACCAGCCGCCGCCGCCGCCAGCCUAUGGCUAUCAGGGCUACGGCUACCCGAACUACGCUGCAGGUUAUGGUGCCUACCCGCCCUCGGGCACGAACGAUCACCCGGUUCUGGCGCUCAGGGACUCGGGUCUGGUGAUGUGCGCCUUCUUGGUGACAGGGCAGCCCUCGGAGACGAACCGAACAGCGCCCAUAGAGGAGCCUGUGGAGCCUUACCCGGUACCGAGCUUCCCCUGCGAUGCGGGGAGCAUUCGGGAGCACUCGGCCAAUGAGACAAUCGCAGGUUGCCCGGAGGCCAGCGAGUGCUAUGCCAGCAAGACGAUCUCCAGCUGCGGCGCCGACUCGCAGUGCUGCGCCCCGGUGGUCCACAAGUGCAAAUCUGGUGCAAGCUGCUUUGCCACCAGGAGGAUCGAAAUUUGCAUGCCCUGGGCGUGCUGCUGCGCACCCCUCAUCAAGAUCUGCCUCUCGCCCUCCUGCAGCGAGGACUUCCCAGCGUGCACGGCGGUGUGACGCGACGGUUGUAUCGGGCGGCGUCAAUCCAAAAGGUUGGGCAGGCAGCCCCCCACUUAGUGAGGGCGUUUCGACACCCGAGCUUCUCGCGUGAGGCACUCAGCUUUUGCAUCUUGCCGUUUUAAUGCAAGUGAUCCAGGCAGCGCUUGAACGCUGCCAAUUCUGAAACUCCGACAAGGGAGACGAGGGCCAAUUGACAAGUUGACUCCAGGUGAC